AUGGCAGAAACAGCACCUGCAGAGAAGACACCAGCGGAGGGAGCACCGGCGGCAAAGGAAGAGGAGGCAGUGCCUACGCCGCCAGUUAAGCAAACCAGAUCCAUCUAUUUGACGGGCUUUGGAGGACCGAAAUAUGUACGUCUCCAGGCCAAAGACCAGAAGACGGUUGGGAAGGGAGAGAUAGCAGUAGAAGUCGAAGCCUGGUGAGUUGGAGGCCUAAAACAGUAGGUUCCUAAUUUGGUAAAUGUAUCUAACGAAAAAGUACUAAAACAGAUCUAGAUAAUGAAUUGUAGCCUAUAUAUAUUAAGUUAACUGUCUAAAACGAUAUUGUAAACUUGGUCUUGGGGAUCAUCCCGAAUUUUACGAAGAACUAUAGGCGUGUGUCUGUGUUCCAUUUGACAAGUGAAUGGUGUUUAAAGUACCCACUUAAGACCUAGAAAACAUUAUUAAUAUUUAUAAAGAAUAACGGGUGGAUAUAUUUUGAGAUCAACAAUUUUGUCUUGCCUGGUUUAACUAUUACUGAGCUGGAAGGAUCUACUGGAGGCGAUGAGUUAGGAAAUGAAAAAACCCUUCAACGAGAGAAGCAGGUAAAUGAAAUAUCAAUAGCGAUUGACAGGAGAUUUAAAUUAAAGCCAAUUUAUGCCGAGAGACGCAAGGACAUUCUAACCACCUGUACGGGCAAACUAACCCUCCACGUUAAAUGUAAGAUCACCUACGACCCGAAAUUCGAAUAGGAGUGCCACUUACUCAGCGAGUUAUUUUAGCACCUCUUCCAAAUUUUCGGGUAAAGUCAAUGCAAUUCAUUAAAAAGGUGCACGAAUAUUUGCUUUUUUAUACCUGUUCUGCGCGAACUUAUGUUUCAAUCUAACUUUAAAGAGAACUGCAAUUGUAAAAACUCUUCAGACGUUGUACAUUAUUUUCACUCCCUCUUAUCAACAAGCUGGUUGAGUAUCUACGUCAGAUAUAAAAUGUCAUGCGAGUCAAAAGCCUCUUAAAGGAGAAAUCAGAAAAUAUGCGAAAUUGUUACGGAGUUGAUACAUAGAAUGCGUUUUAUUAAUUUUGAUAGCCAGCACAGACGUGCGUUUGGCUCUGAGUUGGCAGAAAUGAACAAAAUUCCAAAAACGAAGAAUUUCAUGCACAAAUUUUAAGGGGUGUGUAAUUCCCAACAAGAUAGGUACGCAAAAUGGUUUUUUUUUUCUGAAAUAGGUGGUGGAUUUUUAGAGGCAUUAUAAGUCAGUCGGUACCCGCCCACCGAUAAAAUAUCGUUGAUCAAAGUGCUUUACAGAGGGUGUUUGUCAAACCGAAGUCGGUACACUGCCCUUUAAAUUGUAACAAUGAAUUAUAUGCUCUGUCCGUCGAUUUCGCAACCUCACUUGAAUGGUUUUUUGCGACAAACCACCCUUUAAAGAACUCCAUUAAUAUUUCUUAGCAAAACCUCGCGCGAUACAUCACUAGAUCAUCCGAAAAUCGCUUCUAACAGCAAGAUUCCAAACGAUGCGGUUACGCUAUACACAAUUUUUUCGUGAGUUUUCCCUAAAAAACAUUAAUUGAAACACACAUACACUUUGUUUAACUUUAAAACGGAUUUUUAAAGCGCUUUUUAUCAUAUGUCCAUUUCACACACUUGCAAUGAGAUCGGCGUAUUUUUCAUGGUUUGGGUCUGUAGUUAUAAAACAGAAAACACCUUUUGUUAGUGCAGAGUUUUCAGCAACUGUCCACCCAAGGUCUUUAAUAGCAGCUUCAUAAACCCAAUCGUUUAGAAACAGCCUUAAAAUUUUCAAAGGUGAAGAUACUCGGUCAGCGAGAUGAAUAUGCAUAGUAGAACUGUGGUCUCGAUGACUGGUUUGUUUGUCGCGAGCACUUUUGUAAUCCUUACGCUUACAGCACUUCGUAUUCACAUUCGAUAGCUCAUUUACCUCUAAGAGACAGCUUUUCAAACUUACUCCUCAAUGCUACGCCUCCUUAUUGUCAAGCCGGCCAACUUAAUCAAGUGACCAUCAAAAAUAGAAACCAACACUUCGAAUUGUUAGCAAUCAAACGCUACAGUAUUUGCAUCUUUAAGUCUAAGUGGUGUUUUUCAUUACUGUGCCUUUCUCUGUGUCACCUCGGAUUUCUCCGCUACUGGGUUACGUCGCUUUGGUUUGCCUAAAGAACUAGCUGGUUUUCUCGUGCGCUCUUUCAUUUCUCAUUGUCACCAUUGAUUGUAGGACAUAUUUUAUGCUACGAAGAGUCUCAACUAUUCCUAGUUGACGGCAAGGCGUCUUUCUGAUAGCCAUGAACGUCUUCAGUAAUUAGCGGGCAGCUGCAUUGAUGUGAACGUAACGUGAUAAUCUCGCAGCUCCAGUUUUACCGGACUCAACCUGUAUUCUUAAAUGGCCGCAAUAAUUGAACUCUCUUUACCUUUGCCUGAGGCGGUCAGACGUUCUAUCUCCCCUUCCUCGUCCUCGUCCCCCCCUCCCCCCUCCCCCUCCUCUCCCCCUCUUUCUUUUUUAUUCUUCUUUUCCUUUUCGUCUUCCUUUUCUUCGGAUAAUUAUCCAUCUUAUGCAUUCAAAACUAAAAUGCUGACAACAUCGCAAAAACUACCUCCGAAGUCGCAAAGUGUUGCAGUUGCAUCCGCAACAGGCGCACCCCACUUCUUCGACGGCCCCACGUCUUUCAACGUCACCAGAUGGCCCAUUGACGAAGACGCCAGGGGGCAAUCAGUUAUCCAUAUACGCUCGCCGUGACCUCACGUUAUCUGAAGAAAAUCAGUUUACGGAGCGCGCUGCGGGGGAGGGAGGGUUAUCGGUCAAGUUGUGAAAUCCCCUAUCAUGACCUCUUCACCUUACCUCUUCGCGAUAAGGGAGCAGAAAACCUCUCCCAGGAGGACGUUGUCCUGAAAAGGAUAGUGGCAGGCCGUAUUUCCGCACCCAACUUCUUGCCGCAAAUAAAAACCUCGAGACGAGGAGGCUGUGCUCCGUGAGGAAAAAACAUGUUGCGUCGAUUGGGAUUAUUUCCGAGUUAACCGCACCAAGCCUUAUGAGUAACUGCGAUAAAACUAGCAAAAUGCAGUGAAGGCGACCACAGAAACAAAGCUUAUCUGAAAAUAAAAAAGAUUGAAAAUAUCAAUAAAGCUCACCAGUACCAGUAUUAACACUACUCAAAGUGACAGGUUGGGAGUAUUUUGCGGUGGCAUUUUUAUUGUUAGGAGAAUAUUUUGAAAGGCAGUUUCGGAAGAGUUGUGGACGCGGUUGAUUUAGUUCGGAGUAGUUGCGUUUGGUAUGCCGAUGAUCAAGCCUCUACCGGUUAAUGUUUGCGCUACAUCUGCAUGAAGAGAUGGGCAAGAUUUUUUGAUGUAUAAAGGGAAAGGGUGAAGGUUUGAAUAAAGGAUGGAUGUUCUUAUAAACUACAAAUAAAGACGUCCAUUUCGUAGUUCGAUGUGAAUCAAGAGCUCCUGAGUAGAUUAGCGAGGAGCAACACUGUGAUUCAUGAUUAGACAAAAUGUGAACUGAUGACUGAACAUUACCUUCAGAAACAAGGCGAAUAGCAGUUGGGGAAGUUUCUAGUCUGCAGCUAAGACCACCACCAGCUGGAAAAUAUUUAUUGCGUUUGACCAAGGAAUGCAUAAAACUGUUGCAGGCAUGCGGUCUUUUCUGUCCAACAGUUUGUUCUAGCAGCCUACCGCGAGAGCAUUUCAUCAUUAUAUGUUCAAUUAUUUCGCAUUAACACUUGGUCAGUGUCAGCCAGAACGAACUAAAAAAACUCUUCGGAAUCAUUUCACCUGCAUAUCACGAUGACACGAUGUAUUUGGUACGCGGGUUGAAUCCACUGCUCAUUUCUAUUUAAAUUACUCUCAGAGUCAAAUAAAUGGGUCCGUUUUUAAGACAAUUCUAGCGAAACCUAGCUGGCAGCGAGGAGAUCUAAAUGCCACUGCCCCUCUUAUGGCAACACUCGCUAAAUUUAAAGCGUAAAUUUUUACCCAAACGCGGACUGUAUUAUUGCGUUAUUGUAAUGUGGAGAUAGUCAGUUGCAUCUUACAAAUACAUUUCUUAUCUUUAAAUAAGCAGACAGUAAGCGAGCACAACGUAACCCACUGUCAUCAAAUCACCCCCUUUGAGGAAAUCUCAGGGCUGUGUAAUCGCAUAAUUCAUAAGCCUUAUUCGUUCCAUUGGUCCUUUUUCGAUCAGGAGGCAAGGUUCGGCCGUUUUCAGUGCAUCUGCCAUUUACAAAUGAUUUUUGGCUGCGCAGGACUUGUUUAGUGAUCUAUAUGCUGUCAGACUUGCAAGGAACAGUUUUUGUCGAGUGAUGAAUCGUUGCUUUUGGCAUUUUAUGCGUAGUCAAGAGCUCGCAUGUAAGCAUAGGAAUAAACACUUUCAACAUCCUGAAUUUCAUGAUUUUAAAUUCUGACAAUGUGUGUCGCGGCACCCCAUAAUUUACAGACAAAUGAUGUCACAGAUAAAAAAAUUAUGCUAAGUGUUCGCAGAGUUAAGAUCCAGGAAUGGGGGAAGUUGAAGUGUCACUGCGCAACAAACUGCCCUGUAUUCUUGUAGGUGAUCGCCCUGGGGAGUCGGUGCAGGCAAGCCCAGAACAGUUGAGUGGUGCAGAUAAUUGUGCCUGGAGUCGCUCACAUACGUUGUGAAAAUAGCAAUGCUUGGCAAAUGGGUAAUUCAAGAUUUUAGGGAGACAGAUUUCGAGCUGCUGUUGCGAAUUAGAAGCGAAUUGCUUUUGCGAAUUUUCAGUUGUCGAAAAUUAAUUUUUAAUUUAACCAAAAAAAGAUUUGUAGAGUGGUUUAACAAGGGUAAACGCCCCUACACUUGCCAAAACACGACCUCUAGCCGAAUAAAAUCAAUAUUCUCACUUUUUUGAUCUCCGUUUGGAUAAAUUUACUCCAGCUCCUUCAGAGCGGUUUGUCGUCUUGUAAGAGAAGAAUACGAGUUCACAGAGAGCACAAAGCGUAUAACAGCCCAUUUUACAUAAUGGAAAUUUUUUCGCGUCAGAUCCAAAUACCAGGAUGGACUCUUUUUACAUACUUUAAUAAAUAGCAUGACCUAGAAUGACUUCUUGAGGUGUAAGGCAGAGCAGCUUCAAAGGACACUGCAGAAAUGGAGGACAUCAUCUGUCUUUAUGCUCUUUUUAGUGGUAUCGGUUUCCUGGACGUGAUGACAAGACAAGGUUUGCUGGAAGUGACGGGGAAGCCGCCAUUUGUCAUGGGCAGCGAGUGCUGUGGCAAGGUCUCGGAGGUCGGCGAGGGUGUCACCAAAUUCAAUGUAAGUGCUACAUAUUCAACCGGUCUUCCUUCAGUCAUAAAUCGCCAAUUGUAACUAUAACCCUUUAUGGCCAUGUUGACUGUGUAGUACGCCCAGCUAUCUAGGCGACUGUAAGGUCAUUCUGAUCGAUUGACUGGAGUUACCUUUGGCGGUUGGUCGGGGAUUUCCUUCAAUACAUUUUAAACCAAAGUAUGCAGAAGCCAACAUGUUCAUCGUAGUGAUCGUCUGUUUCGGCUUUGUUUUGCACCCCACUAGUCAGUAGGCUUUGCCAGUUUGGCAAAGGUACCACCUUGUUGAGGUGCGAGUUACUGACAAAAUAAAACAUCCACGUCAUUCGAUUUUGAUGGCGGCAGGCAGUUUUCACAAAUUUCCUGCUCUAUAGACGAAUUUCAUCUGGUUUCAUAACUCAAAUCGACUUCACUAGGGGAAUCGAGUAUUCAGUCCUCGACUGCGCGAAGUGUCUACCUUCGUCCUGGUUUUUAAUCGCAUAUAUUCGUCCGUAGUGUAUAAUAAAGUGGUCUGAAAAUACCUGAGAAGUGGCUGAUGAUCGACGGCACCCAGUAUUCAUAGGACUUGGAUUUUUAUUAGCAUGUGAAAAAAUAUGAAGCCUUGGAGUCGUUUCUGCCUUGUUUUCUAACUAGGCAAAUAAUAAGAAAUUUAAAAGGGUCUUUUACUUAAGAGUAUAUCUUGACAAAUAAUUAAUGAAUAACUUUACACCCACUCUAUGCUUACAUCCUUGGAGUUCCUAAAUAAAAAAUAGGGAUUGACACGCAAAUGUUACUCACUUAUCAGCAAUUUAUCCAUUCACAGUUUCAGCCAGUUUCCAAACAAACGUAAUAGCGCACGCUGGUAGAGGACAAGACAAAGUUCUUCCCCAAGACGACCGUCUGUCAUCUAUUAAGGAGGCUCUUCAUCUCGAUUUACUCGGGCGCAUGUGUGCCUGAUUCAAAAUCCACCCAGUAAAACCUUAAUUAUUGAAGAAAUGGUUGUUGAUGUGGGCAAUACAGGAGCUGCGCAUUUCAGUUUCAUACGCGCUUGCAGGUGUAAGCUAGCCCCUGGGGACUCGUAACUUGUAUCUCACUUACUUCAAGCCAAAAAAGGGCAGAAAAACAUCUGAGCAGAUGUUUCCGAUAUACCUUCUGCUUUCAAACCUUUACAACUGAGCAAAACUCGCAUUUGAAUGCGUAAAAGGUGCGGGUAUUGAUACUCGCGAAAAAAAGCCUGACUGCGAAUCAAGGACCACAUUUGCUUGAUUCGGUGUUGACCAUAAUCAAAAACACCUCUUGUUUAUCUGCCCUCCAUAAGUAGCUCUACAUACAUGGCAGCGCCUCCACCAUUCUUCGAAAGCGGAUAAAGGCCCACCCAAAUGCAUGCUCGAUGUUUUGACUAGCUUAGGCCACAAGUGAUAGGGCUGCGGUUCUUCAAUGCGUGCCUUGGCGUUCUGUACAUGGUAUACCGACUGAAGUUCAAAAAGUAUUUUCGAUUAUGAUAGAGCACUUAAAAGGCUUCAUACAACCAAUUAUCGUGCAGCAUAUUCCCCGACAUUUUAGUCAUGCAAGAAUGCCGGAUUUUGAAUAAGCUCCCUUUCCACUGCUUGGAAAUCUACACUUUGCAAAAAAGGACCUUUUGUGUAGUGUUCGGGGUUACUAAAUUUUCGAAUAUAUUUUUAUCAAAUAAUGCACAAAGUAUUUUUUUCUUCAAUUGGCGACGCAUUACGUGUUUUUCAAAUUUUCCCCUUGAAGUUGAAUGGUCUUUGGCUUUCAAAAAUGUUUUUGAUCAUCCGUUUUAAAGACCCUUAAUUCAUAAAUUCUCACAUGGCUCUUGAAAAGCACACAACAUAGUUCACAUCCACAGUAAGCUUUAUAAGGCCUAUUUGUCGUCUCAAUAACGGCGAGUUUUCUCAUAAGGCAGCCAUAAAUUUUGUAAUUUAUAAACUCUGAAUGCGGGUGUAAGAGAAAGUCGGAUUCGAAGGUAUUUGGGAAAUGAGACAUUUUUAAAAUCGAAAGAUGUCCUCCCUUCAAGUACGGAAUUAGAAAACAAUUAAAUAUCUACCAAAUGGAUUCAAGAAAGAAUACUUAUUUCGUGUUUUUAAAUUAUGUUUGGAUUUAUAAGGACAUCGAAAUCAUUUGGAGAAAUUCAUACUACUUAAGUAGCCAUUUUUUCGAGUUAACUUUUUGCUGGCGACUGAAAAGGACCCCCUUCAAGAGCCAAAGUCCUGACACAGCUGAAAUAUACUUGGGUUACGUUGCAUUAUAAUAAAUAUUAGGACCAAACAUAUGUAGUCUUUUCUUAUCAGAAAGAAAUAUUAGCAUUUCAAUUAACACUUCACGAGAUAACACAUCUACUGGGCAUGCUGGACACCAUAAUACAGGCCAUUAUCCUAAGUUAAGCCAAUUCAAAUUAUAUUACUACUAGUGCUUUUUAACUUCAGAGUUGGCAUUGUGUAAUUAAUUAUUUGAAGUUUACUGUUCUUCACUCAAGUGAUCAUUGCAACGUCGAGUUGAGGCCUAAAAAUUCAGUAUUGGACAUCUCUCCGUAGGUCACUUGCCCGAUAGUUAUGUGACGUCUAAUGUCCACUAUUUUCGCCCUUUUUUCGUAUUGCGACAGCUUGAUGAGCAAAGAGUACUACUUGCAAAGAAAUUGUUUUUCGAUUUACAACAAAGAGGCACAUCUGAUUAUAGUCAGAACGGUGGUUUGGUUUGGGCGGAAUAUACCGAUCGCGGUAAAAUCUGACUGUUGUGCAAAACGAAUAUCUCCCGUUAAAUUAAAUGCACUAUCACAAAUUGCACUCACCUGAGAUGGAAGGAAAUUGUGACUGGAUUUGGGCCAGAACGCCAAAAUUAAAUAAACGGUUCUGUGUUGAGCGCAGAAGUCCUUUCAUUGCACCUUCAUAAUCCGAUCAUUUAUCGACAUUUAGGUUUAUGCAGACGACGAUUCGGCGGCGACGAUUAUUAGUGGCCAUAAUAUCCACAAAAAUGACUGAGAACAACGAUGCCUUUGUGCAGCGUGAAUAUUCGGCAGUAAUCAUUGACACCUUUUUGGUGCAUUUCAUAGGUUGGAGAUGAAGUGGUCGUGCUCUGUGAUGGCGGUGCCUGGACCGAACGACUCGUCAUAAGCCCAAUGUGCGAAAAAUUGGAGGAGGAGAAGGAGGCAGAGGCGAGUGGCACUGAGGCCGCUGAGACGAAGACCACCGUCGUGACCGCCGCCCCGCCCGCACUGGUGCUGCCCAAACCCGCCUGCCUGACUGACUUUCAGGCAGCUAUAGUCCCAAUGUCAUACCUGCCGGCCUAUCUCCUUCUGCAUCGAGUGGCCUGUGUUCGACCUAACGAUGUUGUAUUGGUCCAUUCGGCCGGCGGCGGCGUUGUAAGUUAUUCUUAUUAUACUCGGAGUGGUACUUUGAGUAUUAUGACUCGUACGCUUAGUUGCCUCCAUGUAGGUUUCGGGUCUACUAUUUUGAAAAGUCCUCCGCUCUAUUGCGUCCUACUUCUAUUACUUCUUUAAACUUCAAUCCUCUUGCCUUAGUUUUUUACUAAUGAUUUUACCACUAUCAAUAAUUACAUUACGACUGCCUAUACUACUGCUGCUACUUCUGUCACUACUAUUGCCAACGGGCUUCCGACGCUGAUGUUGCUGUUACUGGUGCCUUUGCUAAUGUAGUUACUACCUCCACAACUAAAACUACUACUUGUACUAGUGCCACCUCUGCUAUUACCGUUAAUAAUACCAAAACCCCUUCUUUUCCGUCUACUUCACCUCCUUCUCGAACCCGCACUCUUGUAUGCUUCACGCUCUUGAUGUCUUUUUCUAACAACAAUCAUGUAGACCACUGUUUGGCGACCUUACGAUUAUCGUUUUCCAUCUUCCUUGUUCUCUGUCUCUGACUGCCAUCUUAGUCACCAGCAACUCCCUCCCGCGUCAUUUCUUCAUUUGUUUUAUAUUUCUAUGCUAAAAAACGACGUUUACUUGAGUUUUUUUCCCAUAAGAAUCUUCAUUCGGUAAUUAUCGUCUUAAGUUUCUCGUAUAGGCCGUCUCCACGAAGCUUUUUUUUGUUGUCCGUUUUCACCCUAAAAGUAGACUUCGGCUAAACUUGAGGUCAAAACCUCAAAACGGAUUAUGCUUUUGAUGGAAGCUCCCCAGCAGAGACUACAUCAGCAAUUUAGAUGUGAUAUUGUCUAAAGCGGUAACUUGAUAACGGUUAUACACUCUUCCCCAACUCAUUUAGGGCACGGCUAUUGGACAACUGGCUAAACUCAUUGGGAAUGUGAAACUCAUCGGAAUAGCAUCUGCGAACAAGCACGAAAAACUCACGCCUCUUUAUGAUCAGCUGAUUAACACCAGUCAGGACUAUGUCGCCGAGGUCAAAAAGUAAGUGUCCGUCUCCAGAUGCUUGUCUGUGUAGAAUGUAGUGCGUACGUACAAUAAGAUGCAUUUCUUGGGAGAUUAAAACUGGCACUAGGCAAUUUUUAAAAGCAUGAAGACAAAUAUCCGUAGUGCUUUAUUUGAAAACGUGCCUAAGUGCUUCCUUUUACGCCCCCACGAUAAUUAGACCGUCGAAAGAGACAAGGUAUACCGCGAGGCGUUUUCAGCCGUGACUGCACGUGAGUUUGUUUAUAGUGAGGCAGAUUUGUGGUAUACAGAACUGCCUCUCACCUCCCAAGCCCCAAACUCUCUGAUGGCAAAAAAUCAUGGGGGGAGGGGGGCGCAGCGCACGACCAAACUAAAUAGCCUGCCUCAUUGGGGUAACACAUUGUCCCCUCCCCUUUACAAAAGCAACAAACUAACUUUAAGCUUGGAAGUUGGACCUUACUCUGGUACGAUUCUAAUAAAGACCAUAUCGAGAAGACGCCCCUGCAGUCGGGCUCUCGUUUCAAUGAAGGAGCAAGUUGUCUCUUUAAAUGGCAACCUUCCGACCGACGACCGUUGGCGUGUCGUGGUAGGUUCAAACGUACUCUAUUUAACACAGUGGGGCAAGCGCAUCUGUGUUAUGACAAAGCAUUCUCCUGGAUAAAUCGCUCCCUAACAGACACAUUCGCGUCCGCACACGCUGGACAAAGCCCGAUAAGAAAGCGUUGAAAGCCAAUGCGGUCCCAAGUUGUUCGAGAGCAGCUAAGCUGUCAAAUAUAGGGGCUCAGGUAAAUGUGAACAGUCAAUUCUUGGAUCAAUAAUUGGACGUUUUCUUGCAAUCUUUUGAUAGACUUAAUAGAGACUUUGGAAAAUCUUGACAUUUAUCUUUUUGACUCAGAAGCCAACUUUUCAUUUCCUCUGUGCAUAUAUGUCUGUCAGCCAAAAAACAACGAGGCCGACCAGUGUUUUCAGGGUGCAGAAGUGACCUUUGUGUGACCUAAAUCACGGGGAAGGAGACUCGCCCACCAUUUAUAUAAGUUAUUAAGACACAAGACACAGACUAUUAGUACACGAGUUCUGCGGCUACUAUAACGGUAGACGGAUUCACGCGCGACAUACAGAUGCCAGCCCCUACACAGGCAAUCCCGACAAAAAAUACAGUAGGAUCGCCAUAGAGACCAUAUUAGGAAACACCAAUCACGCUUUGACUAUCACCACGAAGGAAGGUCAACUGGUCUUUUGUCAAUUUUAAACAUUUCAAAACACGACUUCUGACGCGUCAGAUUUUGGCAUACAGGAUAACGAAGGCAAUCGAUCAGCGCUGAAUCACAUUUCACCCCGUAGUCCCUGUUUCGUAGAAUAACAGCGGCAGCCCGAAGGGAAGUCAGAUCGUGACCGGCAGCUGAAAUGGCACGAUAACUCCGUUCAAUAUCGUCCAAACCAGUGUUUGACUGCCGGUUAGGUCAAAAGCUAUGACGCAGCCCAUUAUAUGGCACAGUCCAAAAAAGAGUCAAUAUGUCGAAAAAACCACUUUCGUUAAUUUGAAAAUAGCUAAGAUGCGCGAAAAGGAAUUCCCCCUCAUGAUAGGCUAGAUUUUAGGAAAGGUGCUCAUUUCUGUAUCAUCACCCUCAUCCUAACGCAAACCGCAGCCCUAUCUGUAGCUCUAACUCUAAUCUUUAGCAUAAUUAGAGUCCCCCUGGAAUCGGACGAAAGGCCAAUUGUAGCGCAGAGGAUUCCGGCUCUUGCGUCCUGAAACCAAACGCACGAAUUUUUUGUUUUUGAAACCUAAAACACAGAAAUUUCUACCAAAACUUCAUUUUUCUCGAAAAAACGUUGCAUUACUGCGUCUGCAUAACUUGACUUUAAGAAUGUUAUUGUCGACAAAGACAAGGGAGACUGGAAUGGCCAUUUCUGGCCUGUUAGCCGUCGUCAGUCAAUCAUGCCCAACUCCGAAAUGUUGAACACCUGGGGCUCAAACUCGCAACCUGUCAGUUAGGAGUCCAACGCCUCUAACCACUGGGCCACGAACCAGUUGCCCUGUUGGUUUUCGAUCGAGGAUAUACAAUGGUGGAAGGUGCUCACCGAUCGUUCUUACGGAAGUCACUCGUUCCGUUGUGCCUGAGGGGCUCUCUCUCUCGAGCCCAACCAGCAGCCGUACAGCUGCGCAUGAUAUAGGCAGAAUGGUAUUACGGACAAAGACAAGGGAGACUUGAAUGGCCAUUGCUGGCUUAUUAGCCGUCGUCAGCCAGUCAUACCCAACCCCGCAAUGUGGCAAACCCAAGGCUCGAACUCGCGGCCUGUUAGUUAGAAUUCCACGCCUCUACUCACUGGGCCACGAGCCCGUUGCCCUGUUGGUUUUCGAUCGAGACUAUACAAUGGUAGCGGCGCUCACCGAUCGUUCAUACGGAACUUACUCGUUCCCUUGUGCCUUAAGAGCUCUCACUCUAGCCCAACCCGCAGCCGCACAGCGGCACAUGAUGUAGGCAGUAUGUUUUUACCGAUAAAGCCCAGGGAGAUUGGAAUGGCCUCCUGGCUUAUUAGCCGUCGUCAGCCAGUUCUUUUAGGCAACAGACAGAAAUAGCCCACAUGAAGUAAUCGUGUACGUCGCAUCGAUUGCCGGGGAAGGAGAGCAGAGGGCGGUCGUGCGGCGGGCACAAAGGUUACUUUCUUGCGCCAUCCAUUUGGGAAUGCUGGCAGACACACAUACCAAAGGCACUGCAAUUGGCCGGAAGUCCGCCACCUGCAGAUAAUUUCGAAAGGGCGUCCUGUCGGCAACCGGGCUCUAUCACAGUGCUUGGCAUUUGCGAGAAAUGUCCGUUUUGGGCCACGUCCUUUUGAUUUCAGCCCUGCGACCGGCGACGUGCCCUGUUAUGUGCCGGCCUGUUUUCUUCGUGACUGUCAACCUCCCUCACGCACAUCCCGCCAGUAUACAACGUAAACACUGUCCGAGUGCGAGUCAGUUAUGUUUUGCAGUCGCAUGACUCAUUCUCAGUAGGGCAGCGCAAUCUCAGUGUGUGGUAGCCUACCACCCGAACGGCUGCCGCUUAGCGGUGCGGUGCGGACGACGGUCAGUAAUGCUUUAAAACCGUUUUUCAGGCCGAUCGGGGGAGGGCGUUAAGUGUUUAAACAUACUCCGAAUUACGGAAAUCAUAACAUUGAAAGCAAUCAGUAUAACAUUACCGCGAAAAUACCUCUUCUUUACACGAUCGUAAGGCAUCGAAAUAAAUUGCGUCCGUUCGUUCUUCUCAUAGUCAACACCUGGUUGAUUUAAAGUGUUGCUGAUAAGGGUCGUUUCAGUUAUCUUGAAAUUAUAAUGGUGUGGUUUACUUCCGAACCCCUGAGUCAGAAAUGACUUACGGAUCUGUCAUUGACAACAUAUGCAUGAUUAAAAUAAAGGCCAGGCGGCACAAACCCUACCUAGCCACGGACGUACUCCCCCCCCGCAAGGACGAGCGAUAGAAAUGUUCACAAGUUGCUGCACUCAAGUAGUCUCUGAUGAUGAACUCCAGUUCGAGUUCGAAAGCUCAGGCAAAUAAAUCAACUGCCCCAGUGAUCGUGCCUUUGCCUUCUCUUAAAGAAUUGAUUCUUUAGUUUCAAUUGAAGGGCAGCGUGUGUUAAAGCACUCUUUUCGGAUUAAGUCAAAACAAAAUUUGGUCCCCUUGAUAAACGCCUACUAUGAAAGGUGUGACACCCCCACCAAUUCCAGGCUGACGCUAAUAUGACGACGAUUCGACCUGCGCGCCCGACGAUGUCCAGUGUGUGCCCCACGGCAUUGUGAAGCAGGCACGGUGAAUUGCGCGUGAAUUAGUUUAUAGGGGUGGUAAACUUGCGCGGCAUCUACCACACUCUCUCCUUCUCCGCACCUGGGCCGGUGUCAGGACAGUCAAGAAGCUGUGGGCGCGAUAGCGCACAGGUGACUGGCACGAUUGGACCCACACCUAGGAGUAGUACCACACCCCUUGGUUCAAAGCAAACACCUGAUGAGGAUUUUCACCAACAACAGCACCACAACUGUUUGGAAGGACAAGGAUGACUGGGCAGUUAUGCUCACGACCUGUAUACCGAGCGGGAGCGCAAGCUCAUCAACCGGCGAAGAACCAGGUACCAGAGUUCUGUCAGCGCCCACCAGUCUGCGAGAGUCAAGGUUUGCUGAAUAAUGGCAUGACAGAAUGUCAAAAACCUUAAAGACUGUAAUAUACAGGUUGAUGAAUCCAGCUGAACUCCUCGCAUUAAAAACUACAGUCCCUCACUCCCCACUAGAUGAUCGCCAGUAGUAUUGCAGCAAGUCCUACGUAUUUGCAUCGUUACGAGCUGUGAAUAGUUCGUGAAAACAUAACGCUUCGAGAUGUGUACUGGUAUCUGACAUUAGAAAACUUAACUGCAGCGUUUCGGCCACAAGCCUGCGUACUGACACGUUUUUUACAUAUGACUACGGGCUGUUUGGUCGCAUGUCUUUUUCGAUGCGCCGAUAGACGUGCUCGCGUCCUGACCGUUCAGAGUUGCGAAAUAAGAAAAUUGUAUAUCAGUCCAAAAUACACAGUGACCUCUAGAAAAGACUUUUUUGUCCCAUUUUAGGGAACACCCACAGGGCGUAACAGUUGUUCUGGACAGCCGAUCUGGCGAGGACACCAAUAAGGGUAUUUCUCUCCUGCAGCCAAUGGGUCGCUACGUUAUCUACGGUCAGUAUACAGGUUUUUCACAUUUGUUUGAAGUUACUGCGAGAGUAUCCCUUCCUAUACUUCUACGCAGGAAUCUUAGCUAAAUAGUGUAGGAAAUAGUAUGAAACCCCAGCUCCCACCCCUCCCCCCCUUUUGAGGGAAUUCUAACUUCCCCCUUUUGUAUUUUAGGCAGUUCAAAUUUCGUAACCGGCGACAGGAAAAACCUCUUCAGCUUUGCGAAAUCUGUAAGACUUUGGACUGCUUUUAUAACUUGCCCUGACAGAAAUAUUGACACGUAGAAGCUACUGUGUGCAUAACCGUGCGGGCCUUUAUUACCGGAUGAUUCUUAUUAAUGCCGUUCACGUCUUUUUUGCAAGCAUUGCUAUGUAUAUUGAACUGGUAAAGAAGCGUAUUCGGAUAUAACCACACAGAAUAAAAUAGCACCGUAUCACGUAUCUAAAUACAGGAACAUAUUCUUCCAUCUACACGACCGCUUGAUUAUAUUAAACAAGUUUGGCAUUAGCAGAUUUGCGACGCGUUCUUGUCUGAGCCUCCACUGCCGCCUUCCCCGUUAAAGUCCUGCGUUUUUGAACUUUACCGCUUUUCUACGGGGUCAUAUCCUGCUUGACUAACUGACUGACCUGCCUACGUUUCAGAGUUUUGAAAUGAAAUGUCCUCAUUAGACAACAGGACGCAUAAACGCAAAGUGAAAUAUAUCCACAGUAGAUGUGCUAACUCAUGAAAUGUUAACCGAAAUUCUGAAGUACGUUCGUGACUCGAAAAUGCUACGUAAGCAGGGUGGCGAUAUAAGUCACCAUGCAGCACAAUCCCAAGAUACUUAUGUUAUAUCAGAAUGCCAGCUUUUCAAAUAACAUUUUUCCGGCCGCCUGAAAAAACUGCAAUUGUUAAAAAAAGACCACAUGGGUGGUAUGGAUUUUUCUCAGCGACUUUCGAUACCCCUAUAAAUUCAAAUAUAUUUCACAGAAAACACGCAUAAAAAUAUUUGUUCUUCUGCUCAUCUGGUGGAAAAUUGCGUCUUUUUCAAAUAGGUGUGAUUUAGUUUUAAAAAGUUUCUAAUUAUGUGAUCGUUUAAAAUAGUAAAUGCAAUUUUAUAAAACAUCGUGUCUCCGCAUUCGCUGAUGUUGCUUCUACAGUUUACAACAUGGCCCAAGUACACUGCUAAAUUUUGUGAACCCCAUAUAGUUUCCUCUUAAUACCUUAAAGAGGAUUUAUGCAUGAUUUUCCGUACGUGGAAAGUAUACAGCUUUUAGUUUCAAGACUCUGACUACAAGUGCAACGGCAAGUCGUGUUCAAAUUUAUUUGGGAAUUGGAAAAGUUUUUAAAACCGAAUUACACCGUUUCUUCAAGUACCAAAUUCAGCAAAGACGUACUUUUCUAUUAAAUGAGUAAAAAAAUGAAUAUUUUUAUGCAUGAUUUCUGGAAAAUAUAUAUGGAUCUAUAAGGGCAUCGGAAAUCAGUAAGGAAAAAUCAUGUUGUUUUAAUAGUAGGUUUUAUACAGUGUUGCUUUUGAAGGUAGCCGAAAAAACGUUUAUUCAAAAUCUGGCAUCUCGUAGUACCUCAAUUGUCUUGGAAUUAUAUUGCAUGCUAAGUAAUAUUGCAUUACUCUACCCAAGUGGUCUUUUCGAGUCGCGAACGCAAGUCAGUAUUUCGGUUAACAUUUCCUGAGUUAGCACAUCUACUGCACAUAUAUUUAUGCAAUUGCAUUCCGCCGGAGCGUACCAUCAGCAACAAUUCUGGAAAAGAGCGGGCAUAGGAUACGCUAUUAACCAUGGUUAGGCGCAAUGUGCGUUACUAUCAGGAAAUCAGUCACAUUCUAAACAUACUGACAUAUAUUUAGUGUAUUUGGGAUGGAAUAGACUGAACAUUCAUUCAGAGCUAGGGCUCAGUAGAAGAUGGAGUUCGUACAAAAGCGUUUUAUUAAAAAAUGUCACACAAAUUUGCAAUAGAUAGAUCCAUAUGCAUUUGAUCCUAUUGUGGGAUGGAAUUAUUUUAUUGGCUGUUUUGCAGCAUUUAACAAAACACAGUUUAAAAGGCACCUUUGAGUAAACACACAUCUGGGACGUAAAACGUUUUCAAUGCCGAUCUAACAUGGCAAGACAAAUUCAUGUUGUACCAUAAUUUCGUCCCCGCAUCGCUUUAACCGUGUUCAUACAAGUUAUGAAUAUCCUAAUUGUGUUAUUAUUAAUGUAUGAAAUGAUUACGGACAUUUGAAGUUAGUCAAAACUAAAAUGAACCUGGGACGACACGGACAUAAUGUUAGUAGUGUUAUUGGGCAUAUUCCUAAAAGUACUUCCGAAGUCUUGGACAGCCCUUAAUUUACUACCGCUUGUUUAAGAAUGAUAGGUAAUGUAAACGUUAAUUAGCGGCACUUAGUAGUUUACAUAUAGGAGAUGAAACAUCCGUUCAUGCUCCCUUUUUCUAAUUACCUUACGGACUAAAUACCGACUUACGAAAUUUUCCAAGUUAUAUAAUCUUAGCUAUUUUCUAAUCAAAUAGCUUUUAAAUGUUUUCGACGAGAAUCGAAAGAAUUUUAAGGGAAUCCGAACUAAUCUGAUAAAUGGGGUUUGGAUGUGCCUUUCCGAUUAUGGUUUGUUAUAUGCGGUUUCGACGCCUUUGUUCUUCUGCUAAAAGCGGGUCGUAGGCUGCUUACUGAAAAUCAACUAGUAUUAUGCAAAUUACCUCAUUUGCGCGAAUAUUUACGAACCUUUUACUAAAAAUUUCCGGCAUCCCUGAAUUAAGUAGAGAAGACCAACUGCAGUAAUUAUCUUUGUAUUGAUUGAAGUUGGCAGAUUGCCCUGGUGAUCAUUGUCUGCCAAGCAUGAUCGCAACUUAGAAGACUGCAUGAAUUAAGUCUUAAGAACCUUGCACUGUGAACUCUUAGUCAGGAGCGUUCGCAUAGCGAGUUCCCGUUCGGCAGCAUUCUGUUUAAUGCGAUUUCAAAAUUACAGCAACUGCCAUAUUUCAAAAUGUUAAUAGACCAAACAAAUUAAUUUAGAAAAUAAAAAGUAAUCGUUGUACUUACAGUAUGUAAAUAAACACACGAAACUUAUUGGUGAAAGUUGAAAUAUCAAUCUCAGGCAUCGAAAACGUUAACCCUUUUAUUUAAUUAUGUAGCCCAUUUUACAAAAUGUCCUUUUUGCAUGCGGAAUUCGCCCAUAACAUAUGUUUUAAGCUGAAUUGUUUAUAGGUCUAGGCCGAAAUCUGCGUUACCGAAUAUCAGACAAUUUCUUUCAUCCAUAGCUGAUCUAGGCUUGGUUUUCGCAACUGAGCUUGUUCUUUGAGAGUUCUAACAAACAAGACUUGUCACACAUGAAAACAGAUCUUUGUCUGAGAAAGGCCACGAGAGGUUUGCCGCGAACGAGCAGGCCAUGUUUAGAAAACCAAACGUCUUCUCAAUUUUUAAGGGUCAGAUUUCCAAAUCUGUGCGAUCUCAUGCACUAAAAUGAGGUAAAAGGCCCGCAGGUAAUCGUUUGUUAGCACAUUCAAGAACGCCAAAGUGACCAUGAUCGAAUAGGCAUUUCAAAUUAUUUACAUAUGACAGGAGACCUUUAAUGCGAACGGCAAUAUGUCAAUAUUUACGUGGCCACAUUUCUGUGCGUUCAUAUUUGUAGAGCAGGGCUAAAAUACAGCGAAGAAAGUGAAAAUGGCUGGAAUGUAAAGAAAAAUGUUGUUUUUUCGUUUUUGGCGUAAAAAUAUCAGCAUUUUUGAGAAAAGUGGAAACAAAGGUUAAAAGUUUCAUUUUUUUGACCUUACCAUACAAAAAGGGACAUAAUAUAUGGACAACCAUCGGCGGAAUACUGCAUUAAGCCAAUUUGUAAACAGGCAACUUAGUAAAAAAAGUAAUUAACUUGGACGGAAUCAUAUUCAUUGUUUAAGUGUGUUCGUUGAUUUCGACAAUGGGGUCUCGAUUUCAGGAAAUAUCUUUUUUGACGAUCUUGAUAAAUACAUAACAUGGGACCUAUCUUUAUGUGCAUUUGGCUGAAAGCACUGAAAAUCCUCGAGUAUUUACUGGUAUUUCAAGGACGCUGUGAGACUUGAUUGACUGCACUGUUGGAAAAGACGGCACACACAAAGCUGUUCGCCUCCGAUUAACCUGCCAGUUGUACGCAAAUUUGAAAGCUGCUGACCGGUCUAUCAGCGGAUGACCCUAUCGAAACUUUUAUUUAUCUAACGUCCUUAUCAGCAAAGUCAAAUGAAACCCUCAUUGUUUUAAUCAACCACGCAUAAUAAACACUAAAUAGACCAAGCUAAAUUAUUCACUUGGUUCCGUGUCAAACUUCCUAUAACAUUUAUACGCGGAGGAUAUUUAAUGAAAAUGCGUUAAAACAAUAGCCAAUAGUUGUUUUUGCAAAUUCUGUAUUACCCACUUUUGACCCAACUGUGGAAAACUCGGCCACUCGGUUGGAUUCGGACACACGACAGAAAAAGGAGGGUUUUAGUGCAGCCAACGUUCUCUGUACCUGAGUUACGAGACGCCUAAACUUGACUGUACUUACACUGUUUUCAGUCGGUUUUUGCAUGAACAAGCGUUAUACCCUCCUAAAACGCAGAUAUACUCAUAGGACAAGAAUGCCUGUGUAUUUGUCAUUUUCGACUUUCUUAAAAAAUUGUUGCAGAUGAUCAACGAAACUGUAUUUCUUAUAGUUAUUUUACGUUUUCAAUUAUCUGGAGGUCGUUCGUCUUUAGUUUGCUGUUUUAGUGAUUGCGUUAGAACUAGUUUCAGGUCGGCUAGUUAUUUUUGGUAAAGCUAUGAAAAUUGUAUGAGUUAGAUAACCUCUUAUGUGUCACGCUCUAAGGUGCGGCUUUUCAUCGUACUGAAAGUUAGGGAAGUAGCUUAGUCCUCCCGUUCCAAAAUUCACGUCGAUAGCCUGCAUAAUGCAUUGGCUAAUUUAUCUAAAAUUCCAUUUUUUUGAAAACGUUUCAAGGCAAAUAGUUAACGUUCUUUUUUACGAAUGCUAAUGAUCUUGAUUUCUCCGAGUAUUUUGGUCGUCAAAAGUAUGUUUCGGGGACGUUUAAGGUAUGAACUAAAAAGCAGAAUUUAUGCAUAUUUGGCGGAAGAAACUCUUUUGUGUUGGUUCUGCGUCCAGAAAUCCCAACUUUCAUUGGAUACUCAAGUUUUACGAGAUACUUUGCCUUCUCUGACAGUGGAUUCAAAUGGACCGAAUAAACCCACUGAAGCUCCAAGAGGAGAGCAAGGUCUUGGGAGGCUUUUCCCUCAGAUCCCUGAUUUUCCGCCAGCACGCCCAACUAAGUACUAUCUUUGAGGCCUGGCAAGAACUCAGCAAGCUCUUUUCCGAAAAGAAAAUUGAGCCAAUCGUCGACAGCGUCUGGUGUUUUGAGGAGGUACGUGAUUUUGUCUAAUCAUCUCAUGAUUUGUAUAAAGAUUUGCUUCAUUCUGCUGUGAGGUACAAUUAUCAGGAUGCACAGGGAGGAUCCUACUUAAAAGUACACUUAUCGAACAUGCUUCUUUAAGAACCUUUAGGACAAAGUACAGCAAACAGACCCUGUAACGAGAGCAGUUACGAUGAAUAGGGGAGAUUUAGAAGAGAUAGGUGCUUUCAGGUUUUUUAUGUCCAUCUGUGAUAAUCACUAAAACUCCACAAGCGUCCUAUAUGUAACAAAAAUUAGUACCCACAAACACCUCCCAAUCUGAUCCUACAAAGGCCGAGGGGAAGAUUUGCCCGGCAUAAAAUUAAACCCUAACAUCAAUAGCCGAUUGAAGUAAAUGCGAUUUUUCAAAACCCGCCGAAGCAGACCAAGAACUGAAGUAUGUUUCUUUAUCCUAGGCAAAAGAAGCCAUGCAAAAGCUGCAAGAAAGAAAUAACAUCGGCAAAGUUGUCCUCAACCCAAAGCUUCAACCAAAAGCUGUAAGUUCUUCUUAUUUUCGAUGUCCGAAUAGUAUGCAUGCGUGGUCGUUGUUUUCUUUUCCUUUGAAUUCGGUAUUGAUUAUAAAGUAGGUUAGAAAUCCAUGCCACAAUCACAGUAAUGUUUCCACUUGGGAGGCCGAAGAGCAAAGUCCCGUAAAGUCAAAGGUUUGCUGCACCAUCAUUGUCUAUGUUCACUGCUUUAUCGAAACCAUCCCGCACGGAUCGAACAUCAUUGAAGUUAAACCACAGACACUAAAUUAAUUUACUGCGAAUCUUCCAAGUACUGCUGAUCUAAGCUCGGAAACAGUAAACUCUAAUUUGAUGAGAACUUCAAAGGUACUAUGUCCGAUCCUCGAUGGCUUGAUGAGCUCUCCGCUACGCAAUGAUCUAAUCGCAUCCAACCUGUAAAAAGCCAGUCUGCGUUCUGCUCUUGAAUACUUUUCAAAUUAUCUUGAUCGGUAGUACGCAAACUGAAUAAUUUCAUGAAAGUAAGGUUUUUACAAAUCUGAACUAAAGUUUCUGAUGUGUUUUGCAAUUCUUGGCAAGGUAAGCGCUGGGUCUGCACCUCGAGGACUUGUUAUUUGAACCGGACGAAUAGAUGCCUAGCCUGGUGUUCCAGCAUUUAGCCGCGGGUGCACUCCCUGUGUUAGCGUCAAAUGGUUUUCUGCGUUCAUUAAUGUCUCGAUGACUGUCGUUUUCCCCUUUUUUCUUGAGCCGAAUAGGUUUAGGUCCUGCUUCACUCUAAAUAUAUUGUCUCCGACGAAAAGGACUACUUUUUGGUACGGCGUCUGUGGCUCUAUUCAGUCCUGUCAGCCUUGGCUAAAUAAAAUUAUCCUAUUCAAGAAUUUCAAGAAAACGAACGCCAAAAAUUUCGUCAAAGUCGUCAGGAAUAACUUCACCGUAAUCACAUGUAGUACCUGGCGAAUAACGUGGGUACACGAAAGAAUUCACAUCUGUGGAGCGUCUUCUGUUGGGGACGAGUAAACGCAGAAAUGAAAGACUUUAUGAAAUAUAGACAGUGUGUUAUUACCGACAAAGAAAAAGGAGACGAGGAUGGCCAUUUCUGGCUUAUUAGCCGUCGUCAACCAGUCAUACCUAACCCCCAAGUGUGGGACAUCCGAGGCUCGAACUCGCGACCUGUUAGUUAGAAGUCCACUCCUCUAAGCAUUGGGCCACUUGCUUGUUGCCCUAAUUUUGAGAACCGUAGCGUCUAUGGCGUGCAAUUUACUGGCCAAAUAGCAUAAGCUUGUAAAGGUAUCAUUCAGACCUUGGCGCUUAUGUAGUAAUUUUAGUAGAGACUAUUUAAUUCAUAAAGACUUGAUAAGUGGCAAUUUCACUGUCAGUCCAUGGUUAGUGGGACAAAAAUCAAAUCUGUUUUCUCAUUUUCAUAAAGUCCUUAGAUAAUCUGAAAGUCCGGUAAAUCUUUAAAGUUCCGGACAAAACACCCAGAUUGAUAGCGCUUGAGUCUUGCACCACGCAUCCUACCGACAAACAUUCCGUUACUUUGCAUCAAGGCAGCAGAAAGCUGUUGUACAGUUAAAUGGCUCAUCAGUAGGAGUUUUGCAAAUAUUAAAAAAAUAAAAGUGAUACUUCAUCGACAGAGAAAAGAAACUGAAAUGUUUACAUCUGGUUCAUUCUUGGUCUUCAGUUAAGAAAGCCACAAUCUGAAGCCAGAGGGACUUGGUAUGGCAAUAACCGAGUUGCAUUCAUUGUAAGGCCUAAUGCAAGAUUUUUAUUUUGCAUUAUAACCUCGAUUCAGGGACUUCAAUGUAGGCGCCGUGUCAACGAGCAGUUAGUGCCCAUACGGUAGCAGCAAACAGAAAAGAGGAGACCACGACGAUCAGCGAUAGCUCACUUACCGAAAGGAACCGGAGAUUUCAUUCGAGCCAGUGGAGAUGAAAGUCACAUGCUCUGUCCCAAAAUAAAGAUGGACUGGUUAGCAUCCCUCCUUAUUAACGAAAUUCCGGACUUGUGACUUGAAAAUCAAGUAAUUACUUGCUUCAGAUUUUCCACGUAUUAGCGUCGUUGUGCAUCGAAAAUCAUUUAGAGGCUGAUAAGUUGACGAGGUGAAUGCCCGUUUCUUUUCCAUACUUGGUCCUCUGGUCUUCCACACGGAUGUUUUUCGGAUUGGUACAGUAAAUCACUGUCUUUCCUCCUGUUCUUUUAACUCCCUUGCCAGCCUGAACCGGAGGUUAAGGCUACCGAAAACGAAGGCGAGGCAAAGGUGGAGGACAAGGAGACUGCGAAUUAG